GAGGAGGCUAAUGUCGCACCGCAGAUUGCGCGCAGGCGCUCCUGUCCCAUGCUGUGCAAGCGAUGAGCCCCUUGCCUGUUCGAUUCCCCAUACGUACCACACUGUCCGCUUCGCGACUUAUUCGCCGCUCUUGUUCCUCCCGGCUCCGCUAUACCGACCGUCCAUCGGAAUGGGUCUCUAAAGGGCGAUAAGGGUCAGCAUUCCUCUUUUUUCGCCCUCGUUCUCAACAACCUCACUUCGCGCUCUGUUCGAGAGUCAUGCUUCGGUACUUCAACCGAACCACUAGCAUUGAUUCGCGUUCGCGAGGCUAGGUCAUCGGUCGAUGACGCGUCGUUCCAGUGAUGCAGACCAGGAAGCAGAACAGUGUGGGAGGCUGUACCUUCCCCAGUAAGGCACAGCCGCACGGGCCCGCAAGACCACCUGCCAUCGCCAUUGUCAUUCAGGGAUGCCGGCUUAACAGACAUCUCGUCUUCCAUACACGUAGUAUUCUAUUGCGCCUUAUUCGCUAGCGCGUACCGCGCGUAGGCAACCUAAGCGGUGACGGUUGACCGUGAGACCCUUCAGGUGUUUAAAAAGGUCUCCGUUUUGCCGCUGGACCGCCCGUAGCGAGUCGGCGAGCGGAGCGAACAUACGAAGCAAUGUCUCCGUUUGCGGAUCGUGGUCCCUCGCAUUCUGCAGUGCUGGGCAGGCGACGCCGACAGCGGAUCGCGCACGCUAGCGCGUCCUGUCACAGAUUGAACAACCUUAGAUUAAACCACCCUAGCACUUCCUGCUUUCCAGCGAUGCAUCAUCAACAACCGACGGUACUAAGACCAGCCGCGACAGCGCUACUAGCGGUGCUGUUGCUUUCAGCCGCAGGCUUCUCUCGCGGGGAUGUAACCGACGUCUUUAAACCCUUCUGCGGGCCCGAGUCGUACAAGGACCCUCCUCCUAAAGGUUGGAAGCGGUGGAGCGACCCGAGGGCGUGGCCCAAUAGCAGAGUGCCGGGUGUGGGCAACAACCGAGGCGCCAACGCGACGAUACCGUGCGGCGUGGGUAUUCUCUUAGACGUCAGCAUCACCGUCUACGUUCUAAAGGUCAACGGCUGGCUCAAGGUGGAGGCGGCGGGGCCGCUGCAGGUGCUGACGGCGUUCGUGUUGAAUCAGGGCCGAGUCACCGUCGGCACGGCGGACGCGCCGUACCGCGGCAAGCUCACCGUCAACCUAACCGGCGCCGCCAACGAGCUCACCAUCACGCGGCCCCCCGCCGCGCCGUACCAGCCGCGCUCCGUGGGCGUGCGCGUCUUCGCCACCGUGGGCGGGCGCCUCGAGCUCAACGGCAUGUACGGCAACGCGCCCGCCUGGACCACGCUCGCCGCCACGGCCAACAAGGGCGCGCGGGCAAUCAGGGUUAAGGGGGACGUGAGCGCGUGGCCUGUUGGCGGGGUUAUCGCGAUCGCGUCGACGGAUUUCGACCGUUACCAGGCGGAGAAUUUCACAAUCACGUCGGUAGCGAGAGGCGCGCGCAACACGACGGUGCUGGGGCUGGGCGGCGCGCUGGCGUGGAUGCACUGGGGGGAGGCGGUGGCGGCGGGCGCGGCGGGGCUGGCGGUGGACGAGGCGGCGGAGGUGGCGCUGCUGUCGCGCGCGAUCGUGAUUCAGGGUCACCAGAACCCCGACGACCCGCUCAUCGGCGGCCACUUGAUCGUCAUGCAGACCGCCGAGCGCCAGCUGAUCAAAGGGGUCGAGCUCGUCAACAUGGGCCAGCAGGGGAACCUUGGCCGCUACCCCAUGCACUUCCACCUGUGCCAGAACGUUAGAGGGUCGGUCGUCAGCAGCUGCAGCGUGCACGACAGCAAUCAACGGUGCUACGUGGUGCACGGCACGUGGAAUCUACGGCUGGAGUGGAACCUGGGGAUCAACACCAAGGGCCACUGCUUCCUGCUCGAAGACGGCGUCGAAACCGGCAACGUAUUCUACAAAAACCUAGGGUUUCUCCAGGAACCCCCGCAGCGCAUGCUGACGCCGCUCGACGCGAAACCAGCUAUUCAAAGCGAUAAUUCGCCGUCCACGUUCUGGAUCACCAACCCCGCGAACACGUUCAUCGGGAAUGUCGCGGCGGGGUCGUCGGACUCGGGGUUCUGGUUCCAGCUCGAGGCGGACGUGAAGGGCCCGUCCGCGCUGUACGCGCGCGCGGCCGCCAUGGCGCCGAAGCUGACGCCCCUGGGCUUGUUCGUCGGCAACGCGGCGCACUCCAACGGCCGCGCGGGGCUGCGCACGUACCCGUCGGGGUACCGUCCGCGGGUCAACGGGGGGGUGUCGACUCAGCAGGAGUACUCGGGGAUAAACGCGCCUGCAGCCAACAUCACAUUCAAGGGCUUCCGGGCGUACAAGAACCAGUUCAUAGGCAUGUUCAUCCACGAGACGGACUCGCUGACCAUCACGGAGGCGCAGGUGGCGGACAACGCCAUUGUGGGCAUCGAGCUCAACCGCGACCAGGCCAUCACCAUCUCCAACUCGGUCAUUCUGGGCGAGACUGACAACACGGGCAACCCCUUGGGGUGCGACAACACGCACACAGAGUACACGGCGUGCAAAUCCCGCGUGGAAAAGACCGGCUCGUGCGACCUGCCCAUGUCCUCGUCCCCCGACGUGGCGCGCUCCAACUCGCCCACGGUGUCGCGCUACUGGACGCAGUUCGGCAUCCUCAUCGACCAGGACGAGUACCCGGGCCACGGCCGCAAGGGCAUGCCGCACAAGAUCGUCAACUGCACCUUCGGCAAAUUUUAUAACAAAUGCCGGACGUCGGCCGCGGUGACUGCGAACGGGCACGGGACCGACAUGUGGACCACGGCGCAUAGCAGUGCAGGGAUCAGGAUGGUGGACCGCUCGCCGUUUCUGUGGAUGGUGCCCCGGCAGUUGGGGCAGCUGGGGUUUGAGACAGGAGGUGGGGAUGCCGGCCCGCUGACCAGGUUUCUGACGUGGAAGGAUGAGGAUGGGACGGUGCUGGGCGGCAGGGGCGGGUAUGCUGUGGCGAACACCACCGGAUUGGAGCCGUCGUCCACUGCUGGCUGCUCUCCGCGCCCACAGUGGAACGGCAUGGCGUGCCCCAGCUCCUGCUACCGCAGCGUGGGCAUCAUGGGCGCGCCCUUCCUCCUCACGCGUAUAGCAGACGGCGCUGUGAUCAACCCUGACGGCGCGCGCUACGUGAACCUGCCCGCCAACACCUCGUACCUCGUCACCUUCACCGCGCUCCCCUCGGGGCCCGUGUCCCUGGCGUACACGGACCAGGGCCUCAGCUGCUCGUCCAGUGUGGUGCUACAGCUCGCGCCACCUGCGCCCCGGAUGUUGUGGCAGGUGGCGUCGGCACCGAACCUGUUCUGGCAGGCGUGUGGCGGCGUGCAGGCGUCGUUCCGCAACAUGACGCAGCUGGCGUACAAGUGCGAUGCGCAGCGCAGCGUGAACCUGCAGGUCACCCUGGGCUCCUCCUCCUCCGUCGUUGUCUCGCUCUCCGCUGUCCGUGGCUCCAUCUCCUGCACGCUCACGCAAUGCGGUGUGUUCUCCUCAUCGGCCGUGUGGCGCUUCUCCGACAUCGGUACGCGCCCCGCCUCCUUCCUCUCGCUCAAGCCGCUCGCCGCCUCCGACGCCUCCUGGAAGCGCGGCGUGGGACCCUUUGGCCGCGGUGGGCAGGGCGAACUCACCACGCUCGCCAGCCCGCAAGCUUCGUGCCUGGCGUUCUACUUCCGCCGGCAGUUCAAGCUGAAGGGCACGUCGCUGCUGUGCUACCAGCGCCUGCUGCUGGGCGUCGUGGCCAGCGACGGCUUCGUGGUGUACGUCAACGGCAACGAGGUGCUGCGCUCCAACAUGCCACAGGGCCGCAUCCUGCCCACCACUCCUGCGUCAAUGGACGCGAGUCCCAACGCCCCCUGGUCCACCUUCUCCGUCUCCCUCGCCGCCUUCCCCUCGCUGCUGCGCACGGGAGCCAACCAAGUAGCAGUGGAGCUGCACACAUCUAGCCCGUACUCGUGGGAGGCACGCUUCGACAUGUGGAUGGCGCUCGCCAGCAACACGUGCGCGCCCUGGCGGAUAUUCAACCCGCAGUCCGUGAUCCCCACACCGCAGGCCACGCCCCUCGCUGCGGCCAGAGCGGCGCGCGUCGCGUCGACCAUGGCGUCGACCAUGAGGCAUGCGGGCGGGGGACUAGGGGAGGGUGGGGAUGGGGACUAUGGGGAUGAGGCUGACCUUUGAUGCGGCACCAUGGCGUCAUCGACCAUGGUGCUACAUGGGAUGGGACUUCCAACACGAGUCGCCUCGAGUUGCGGCGUCGCGUCUAACUCUUGUAUCUAACUCCGCUCCUGACUUGGAUUUCCAAGCAGCACAGCCUCCUGCUCCUCCCUCCCACCUAUCAACAACCGUGUUUCUUCUCGAGCGCCACAACGGACAGCACCCUCGCUCGACUAACUGCUGCUAACUUCAAGACCCAUCUGCUACCUGUAACCUAGUAUUGUCGCUGCAGCCUUUUCAGCUGCUGCUCAUAGCGCCGAAGCAGGAACCUGGCUUUUCAGCCUGGCAGCUAGGCAACGUGGCUGAAGGUCCUACACAUGGGGGUAUGGUUCGCUGCAAACCCAAAGGUCCUCUCAUUCACUCUGCGCCUUGGGUGUCUGGCUGGCUGCCUGUGUAUCCAUUCAACCAAGGUACCAGUUUUGAUUUGAGGCAUACAUUUAUAAAUGCCUAACUAAUGUGCCCUUGUGUGGCUUAUGACAUCCCAUAUAAAUUCUCAUAGUGGGUUGUCUUUUUACGUGCAUACUCGGCCAUUGCAGUCAGUUACCCGCCGAGCUCGGAAGAGUCGGCAUCCCUCAAUAGAAUUACACAUCGUGUGGUCGGAAGAACAGUUUUUUGUGUCAACUUAUACAUUUGCUGUAUGUAGAAGUUAUAGGCUAGCCUA